AGAUGAGGCUGUACUAGUUGAUGAGACGAAACCAAAAGAGGACGUCAAGGCUGAUGCACCUGGUGCUACUUCGUCUUCGCCUGGAUUGAAACCUUGGGAGAUUCGUGACACGAGUCUCGUUAAGGCUCAAAAUUGUAAUGUGAGGACAACUCCACGUGAAUCAAUCGAUCCCGUUUUAAAAGAACUUUAACCUGAGAGAGUCCCGCAUCGGCACGGCUGGCUCCAAUAGUUUCUUGGCGGGAUUCGUUUACUAUACGGGUCACCUCCAGGUUCAUGUUAAGCACGUCGGAGGUUGUACUUCUAGCUCUAAUGUAACAGGGGAUAAACCAGCGGACAGGACGAUUGUCGAAGCCCGGGGUCGGCUCGGUGCAACCACGCAUGAGAAGGCCGUAGAAGUUCUGAGAAGGGGAGUAGUGAGGCUGAAAAAGAAAAUCGCGGCCAAUUAA